UAUUUUGUGACUCUAUGAAAACUUCCUUAGGCUAUAGUCAGCAAGCACAUGGUGAGAUUCCUCCUGCUCUCACCCUUUGGGACAGGUGCACCAACUCUUGCAUGUAGUGGUUAGAGUUGCUCUGUUAUGUUUCCUUGCCUGGUUGACCAGAGUGGCAGUUUUUGCUGAUCUCUAUUCCGGAGAACAAAGAAUCAGCUCAGAAAAUGGGUGGGUUUGAGUCUUCUUCAAUAGCUUUUUUUAUGGGCUGGAUGACUUCACCGUUGAAAUGCCAUAACAUGUUGUGGUUCUGUCUUCUUGCAUCAUGGUUAAAUGGAGGUCUCUUAUUGCUGCAGAGUGUGAGUCCUCCUUGCUAUGCUUGGUUUCAUCUCUAAAAGAGCACAUGAAAAGGCUGCAGCUUCACACCCUCCCUCCAUGAGAGGUGGGAAAAAGGGACCUGCCUCCAGUGUGAGAUAUGUCACAGCAUGGGAAAAAGCUGCUCUGGUCCCAAGAAAACCUGCACUGGUGGUGAAGACACCUGUGGCAUUAUUCUGCAUGAGGUCCUAAUAGGGGGAAUGUCCAUCUCUUCAUCCAUCAAGUCCUGCCUGCCAUCCCACAUCUGCCACCUUGGUCCUGUCACAGUGAACUAUGGGAAGGUGAAAGCAAAGAGCCACUUGGUUUGCUGCACAGGCGAUGACUGUCAGACCACCUCUGUGUCAUUGCCGCCAGAUAAUGAUGUGCCCAAUGGAUACCAGUGUCCUGCCUGCUACAGUGUGGACUCCUUUCAGUGUGGUAAUGAAGUUGUAAACUGCACUGGAUCUGAAGACCAAUGCGUUGACCUUGCUGGGUUAAUGAAUGCUGGUGGACUGUCUCUGAAAGCUGCCAUGAAGGGUUGCACCACCAUUUCUGAAUGCAAUAUGGUAGGAGAUGGAAAAAACAGCCUGGGGAUGAUGGACAUAAAGUUGAAACGGUUCCAUUGCAGACCAGCAUCUGCCAUGUACAGCGUGGUGUUUGCUGGGGCUGCCCCUCCACACAUGACCUUCCUUCCUAUCCUGUCAGGAUUCAUCCUGGAGAAGGUACUUUUCUGACUGUCACUGCUGCUGGGUUGAGCAAAACCCACAGCAAACUCCAGCAGUGGUUUGCAACUUAGUCCUUUUUGCUGUAGCUUCUUCUGUAUGGGGAUUUUAUUUUCAGAUUAGCCCUUCUUUUAUAUUUUCACAGAAUAAAGACAUCACACUUCUUUUGUUUCCUCAUUGA